AUGGUUCUGGAGGCGGAAAUCGACGAGUUCGUGCGGAACAUGGAGGCCGGCAAGGAGGGCCCGUACGAUGGCAUCAAGUGGCUGUUUCCGCCGGAACUGGAGGCGCGCCGGGCGGACCUUACCGAGUAUCGGGACGUGAUCGACGCACGGUUCGGCUCGCUGGUGUACAUCUCCGAGUUGGUCAAGAAGUCGAAGACGGCGGCCGAGUGCCGCCAGGCCGGGAACCAGCGCUUUACGGUGAAACGCUGGCACAGCGCACUGCUCAACUACAACGAGGGCCUGUGCUUUGCGGAACCCGGCUCGGAGGAGCUGGGACUGGCGUACGCGAAUCGGUCGGCCGUUUACUUCGAGCAAGGCGAUUACGAGCUGGCGCUUCAUAACAUCGACUUGGCCAAGAGGCACAACUAUCCGGAACGGUUGAUGGCGAAGCUGUUGGAUCGGGAGGCGGAAUGUAAGCGCAAGAUUGAAAAUGGCCAGUCGAAGGGUAUCGUUCCGGCGCUUCGGAUGGGCAUCAACGUGGAGAUUAACCCAAAGAUUCCCUUCUUGGCCAAAGGGAUCGGAAUGAAGCAAUAUCCGGGGCUGGGUCGAGGUUUGAUCGCGUUGAAGGACUUCCAGCCGGGGGACGUGAUACUGGACGAGAAGCCUGAGUUGUGCGCGGUCAGCUUCAACAACAAUUUCAGCUAUCACUACUGCUUCCACUGCGGUUCCGAGUUCCAGACCAGUCUGAUUCCGUGUCCAAAGUGUACGAACCAUAUGUACUGCAGCGAGAGUUGCCUGGAAACGGACUGGAAGCAGGCCCACCGAUUCGAGUGUGCCGUGGCCAUGAAGCUGUUCAACAUUUCGCUCACAAGCGCGUCCUACGGACGGUUGAUCGGUCGGCUGUUCUUCUACGGGCUGACCGCAUUCGGCGACAACGUACAACAAAUGAUGACCUGGUGCGAGCAGAACUACGACACCGGUUCCGACCCACUGCAGAUCGAUUUCAGCACCGAACGCGACCCCCUCAAGAUCUUCAAGGCUCUCCACAGCACCAAAGUGAAGCCCAACCCGCAGUUCGAGCACGACUUCAAGCUCGUCACCGCCUGUUACUACCAAAUCUACCUGAAGAGUCCCCAAGUCCAAGCCAUUUUCCGCAAACGCACCCAUCGCAACUUUAUGCUCCGCUGUCUCCAUCACUACGCCCUCGUGACCUGGACGCUGCAAUCCGACACGCCCCGCCCACCCGGAGUCAGCACCAUCACCCCCAUCACCAGCCUCCUGAACCAUUCCUGUGACCCAAACGCCCUCACCGUGAUCCACUCCGGCCGCAUCGUAACCGUCAUCCUGCGCCCCGUUCGCGAGGGCGCCCAGAUCUUCACCUCGUACGGGCGCGGCUGGUGGGACCCCAAACUGGCCGACUACGAACUGACCUCGUUCGCCUGCCAGUGCGUCGUGUGCGGAAAUCACCCGCCCGGCCAAAAGUGGCGCGCAGCACUGCAACGAGCGGACGUCCCCAAGCAGAUGUUGCUGGAAGUGUCCCAGAUCGCGAAGUUGGUGGAACGGCCGGGUAUAGUCGACGCGGCCAAGAUGGACGCCAUGAAGCAGUUCAUCAAGCGGCACACCCGCGCCUAUCCGCUGCCGGCGCUCGGGGAGAUCGUGCGGCUGUACGCGGUAUUUCUCGAGGAUGCCAUUCAGUCGGAGAACGAGACUCGCGAGCGGCUCACCGUACGGGCGGAACUUUUGGGCGAUUGA